CAUUAGUUUGUUCAGCGGUAGUGACGCUUAUAGUGUUGCUGCCACUUGGGCUCGUGCGUGAUAAAUUAGCUCUGGAUUACAGAAGAACUGUGGUAUAAAUGGACUUUUUUGUUGUUGUUCAUUUUCGCAAGUAAAAAUCACGGGAUACAUUGAAUCAUGGUCGUUAAACCGUUCUUGAAACAAUCCGAUUAAAACGUGCAUGUUAGAAACUUAAGACUUUAAGGGAAGCACAAUGUUAGGAGACAUGAUUCUGAGGGCUUUGAGACUGACAGUGAGGGUGUCUGCAGUGGUUCAGAGUCCAGCCCUCCAUUCAUGCAGAGCACUGCACUCCAGCGCUGCGCUGUGGGCAGGACACAACAAAUGGUCCAAAGUAAAGGACAUUAAAAUCCCCAAAGAUGCUGCUCGAGCCCGCAUGAUUGUCAAGUACACCAUGAUGAUCAGGAUUGCAGUAAGAGAGGGAGGACCCAAUCCAGAAUUUAAUGUUGCUUUGGCACAACUUCUAGAGCAGUGUCGGAACAAGAAUCUACCCAAAGCCACAGUAGAAGGAGCUAUAAAAGGAGCCAAGUCAAAGCCAGGAGUACAGUAUGUUUAUGAGGCCACGGGACCGGGCGGGUGCACGCUGCUCAUAGAGGUUUUGACUGACAACAACACACGGUCCCAUCAAGAAAUCAAACGUGUCUUGAUGAAACAUGGUGGGGCGCUGUGUGAAGGAGCACGCAGGAACUUUAACAGGAAAGGUGUUGUGGCAGCUUCCAGAGAUGGGGUCUCCUCUGAGAGAGCUCUAGAUCUGGCCAUUGAGGCAGGAGCUGAAGAUGUGCUUGAGAUAGAGGAUGAGGAGGAGCGACCCAUACUACAGUUUAUCUGUGACAUUGCGUCCAUGAAGUCUGUGCGGAGCGGUCUAGAAAGUCUGGGGGUACACACACUUUCAUCCGGUCUGGAGUUUGUUUCUCACACCCCGUCUCUUCUGACUCAGGCUCAGCUAGACACCGCGUCCUCACUGCUGGAGGCUCUCAGUGACUGUCCUGAUGUGGUCCGGGUAUGGGAUAACAUCCAUACACAGACCUAGAGUUCACAAUAAGUCAACUGACAAAUGGAAGAACACACAGAUAGAUGGACUAAUUAAUGAUCCGCAUGCCUUAAGAGCAACUGGAAGAAAUGGACCUGCUUGGCCAAAAUUUACUGGACUUCACUUGGAUUUUUUGUGUGAUGGUAAAUAAAUAAAUAAUGAUAUAUCUUCAUUGUGGCAAUAAAGAAGAUGUUAGUCAUA